GGUUCACUUGGCAAUAUCGUUGCCAAUCAACAGGGUAGUGUUACAACAUCUCUCACUUCAACACAACUCUCACUCAAAGAGUCGCCCAACUCCAUCAUCGGUCGCACUCUAUCUAUUUACAACUCGGCCGAGAAUUGUAAUGGAGGACUACCCGUAGCCCAAUGUGUAAUUGGAAUUGGUAAUACCAAGACUGUGCCCAAGGACCAUCCUAUCUGCAAGUACGUCCACGAGUCGGACAACAAUGCCGCCGCCUCUAUCUGCCAUGAGCCAAACCUGAAUGGAAUAUGCAAGAUCAAGGCCACCACCGUACCAGGCCAGAUUAUCGAUGGCUACGUCUACUUCACUCAAUUGACGAACGGUGACCUGUCUGUGACCGCCAGUGUCCGUGGUCUUGACACCUCAGCACCACACGGCAUUCACAUCCAUCAGUUUGGUGACAUCCUGUCCAACACUUCGAUGGGUACUCACUGGAAGAGAGUGAGCCAGGUACAUGGUUUGCCCUACGGUCCCAACAUCGAGUAUGGAGAUCUGGGCAACAUUUGCACCAACAAAGAUGGUAUCUCUUACUUCCAAUCGACAACCAACUACUCUGGUUCAUUCACAUCGUCACCAAAUCUCAUCGGAAGAUCCGUGGUUAUUCAUCAGAUGCAGGACACUGGUGCAUGUCCAGGAGGUGUAUGCAAGUUUGGCAAGAACAUCGCACAUUGUGUGAUUGGUCUCACCCACAUGCCCCAACCAUUCACCAUCCCCUCUGGUCUUAACUUUGAUCCAACAUGCAAGACCUUCGUUCCAUCAUCUUCUUCCUCAACAUCAGGUGUCGCAACAUCUGGAACAGCCACCUCUGGAGCCUCCACUACGGGACAUGUCCAGAGUACUUCAUCAUCAACAGGACAGACUGGAGUGACCGGAACAAGUUCUGGAUCAUCUGGAAUCUCGAGUCAAUCAUCUGAAACCCCAUCAUCUUCAUCAACAAGCUCUGGUGGUCCAUCUACCUCAACAUCAUCCUCCUCCUCAAGCACCGGAUCACAUUCAUCUUCGUCAGUUGGUGCUACCUCAUCAUCUUCAUCAGGUGGCGCUACUGGACAUGCGGGUUCAUCGUCAUCGAGUGGAGGCUCAUCUGGUUCUAUGACCAACUCGGCAACAUCUUCAUCGUCAAGUGGUGCUUCAUCGGGCACUAGUGGAAGCUCAGGCUCAUCCUCAUCAUCUAGUGGGGCUACGUCGUCUGGCACAAGUGGACAUUCAGGAUCAUCAUCAUCGAGUGGUGGCUCAUCGGGAAUGAGUGGUUCAAUGACUAGCUCGGGAACAUCCUCAUCAAGUGGUGCUACAUCCUCGGGCACUGGCGGACAUGCAGGUUCAUCGUCAUCGAGUGGAGGCUCUUCAGGAAUUAGUGGUUCUAUGACCAACUCGGGAACAUCAUCAUCAAGCGGUGCUACAUCCUCUGGUACAAGUGGCCCAGCGACCUCAACAGCGUCAUCUUCCUCAUCAUCAUCCAGUGGUGCUACUUCUUCCGGUACAAGUGGACCAGCGACCUCAACAGCGUCAUCUUCCUCAUCAUCAUCUAGUGGGGCAGCUUCCUCUAGUUCAAGCGGUCUAAUGACUGGAACAUCCUCAUCAACAGGCACCUCUACUAGUGGACCCUCAACAUCAUCACCCACCAGCAGUGGCGCCACCAUUGGACAUGCCUCUAGUUCAUCGUCGUCAACGUCAUCACCAACAAGCAGUGGCGCCGCAAGUGGACAUGUAUCAGGAUCAUCGUCCUCAACCUCUGGUGCAAACAGUGGACCAUCGACAAUAUCACCAACCAGCAGUGGCGCCACCAGUGGACAUGUGUCGGGAUCAACCUCUACCUCUGGUACCGUCAGUGGACCAUCAACAUCACCCACCAGCAGUGGCGCCACCAGUGGACAUUCCUCUAGUUCAUCGUCAUCUACCUCUGGUGCAAACAGUGGACCAUCAACAUCAUCACCAACAAGCAGUGGCGCCAUCAGUGGACAAUCCUCUGGAUCAUCAUCCUCCACCUCUGGUACAAACAGUGGCCCGGCAACAGGUGGUACGUCCUCUUCAUCUGGUAUCGCCUCCAACGGAGUCACUACCUCAGCCACAACAACAAUAUCAGCAGCUACCUCUUCAGCAGCAACCUCCUCAGCGGCUACAUCUUCAUCCACCACAUCAACAACCUCAUCGACUACUGGAAAAGAUACAGACAAGAACAUUCCAAAGACCACAUCAUCCACAACUACUACGACUAGUACUUCAAAGACCACUGGCUCUACUGGAGCAUCAGCAUCAUCAUCAACAACGUCAUCUGACCCUGGUGCAACCACUCUACAGAUUGGCACCACCAGUGCCGGAGCAGGCGGAGCAGUUGAUUCCUCAUCGAGCAAUGAUUCAUCAUCAACAUUCACCGUC